AUGAGGUCGUCCAUGCUGGUCCUGCUCCUCAUGGUCAGUGCCCAGGCAGUGGCCACCAUGGGAGGGGACUUCUGCCCCCCGGUCUCCGCUCAGCAGCAAGGCCCUGCCCCCAAAAGGACCCCUAACUCUGCCCCCACCGUGGAUCCCAAACUGUUCACCAAGCGACGCUACCGCUCGCCCCGCGUUCUCUUCAGUGCCCAGCCGCCCGACACUGAGCCCAUGGGACGCCAGGGGUCCGGGGCCAGCAGGGCAAGGCGCAGGGUUGGUCAGCCGAAGCACCGGGGGGUGUACUCUGUGUGUGAGAGCAUCAGCGUCUGGGUAGGCAACAAGACCAAGGCCACGGAUAUAUCUGGCAACGAGGUGGAGGUGCUCCCGGACGUGAACAUUAACAACGUGAAGAAGAAGCAGUACUUUUUUGAGACCACGUGCCGUGGCGCACGGGGAGGCAGUACUGGCUGCUUGGGCAUCGAUGGGCGACACUGGAACUCCUACUGCACCAACUCGCACACUUUUGUGCGGGCGCUGACUUCCUUCAAAAACCUGGUGGCCUGGAGACUGAUCCGCAUCAACGUGGCCUGUGUCUGUGUGCUCAGCCGAAAGUCCUGGCGACAGUGACCAUACUCUCACGGGUCAUGUGGUCACUUCAGUACUGACGACAGGACCACUUGGUACUAUCAUGUGGUCACUGCAGUACUGCAGUCCCAACCCCCCACCA